UGCUCCGGCAGCGCGCGGAGCUGAGCGGAGCCGAGCGGAGCGGACAGGAGGGCUCUCCUGGCACAAGCGCUUCCUUCACCGCGAGGCUUGGAGCCGCAGCCCGUCAGGCCUGCGCCGCCGCUUCCUUCUUUUCCUCAGGGCUCCCGGGGCUCCGCUUGCCCUUCGACGCUGCUCAGAUGUCAGCAGUGAAGAUCAUAACAAAGGCACAAAAGCACUUUGGAAGGCGGUAAAGCAUGGCACAAUGAAAAUGUAAAAUAUAUUCAUAAAAUUAUUUUAUCUCCGCUCACUCAAGCUUGCUUUCAUGUCUUAACCGAGUUUAACAAGAAACUGAACUUUUCAUUGAAAUACAUUUUGAAUUGAAGCCAGAAAUGCACUAGAAUUUAGAUUCUUUCAUUUGAUUAAGAUAUGGUCUGAAUAUGCGUUGUUUGGCAGCCCGGGUCAACUAUAAGACUUUGAUUAUCAUCUGUGCACUCUUCACUUUGGUCACAGUACUUCUGUGGAACAAGUGUUCCAGUGACAAAGCGAUCCAGUUCCCAAGGCACUUGAGCAGUGGAUUCAGAGUGGAUGGACUAGACAAAAGAGCAGCGGCUUCGGAGAGUAACCAUCAUGUGAACCACAUGGCCAGACUGCAGUCGGAGGCGGCAUUCCCCCAGGAGCAGCAGAAAGCCCCCCCUGUGGUCGGGGGCUUCAACAGCAACGCAGGAAGCAAGGUGUUAGGGCUCAAAUAUGAAGAAAUCGACUGUCUCAUAAAUGACGAGCACACGAUUAAAGGGAGACGAGAGGGCAAUGAAGUCUUUCUUCCAUUCACUUGGGUAGAAAAAUACUUUGAUGUUUAUGGAAAGGUGGUCCAGUACGAUGGCUAUGACCGGUUUGAAUUCUCGCAUAGUUACUCCAAAGUCUAUGCACAGAGAGCCCCGUACCACCCUGAUGGUGUGUUCAUGUCCUUUGAAGGCUACAAUGUGGAAGUCCGAGACAGAGUCAAGUGUAUAAGUGGGGUUGAAGGUGUGCCAUUAUCCACACAAUGGGGACCUCAAGGCUAUUUCUACCCAAUCCAGAUUGCACAGUACGGGUUAAGCCAUUACAGCAAGAAUCUAACUGAGAAGCCCCCCCACAUAGAGGUAUAUGAAACAGCAGAAGACAGGGACAAGAACAGCAAGCUUAGUGAGUGGACCGUGCCCAAAGGCUGCUUUAUGGCCAGCGUGGCUGACAAGUCUAGAUUCACCAACGUUAAACAGUUCAUUGCUCCCGAAACCAGCGAUGGUGUGUCCUUGCAGCUGGGAAACACAAAAGACUUUAUAAUUUCAUUUGACCUCAAGUUCUUGACAAAUGGAAGUGUGUCCGUGGUUCUCGAGACCACAGAAAAGAACCAGCUCUUUACUGUACAUUAUGUCUCAAAUACCCAACUAAUUGCUUUUAAGGAAAGAGACAUAUACUAUGGCAUUGGGCCCAGAACGUCAUGGAGUACAGUUACCAGGGAUUUGGUCACUGACCUCAGGAAAGGAGUGGGUCUUUCCAACACAAAAGCUGUCAAGCCAACCAAAAUAAUGCCCAAAAAGGUGGUUAGGUUGAUUGCAAAAGGGAAAGGGUUCUUGGACAACGUAACCAUCUCCACCACGGCCCACAUGGCUGCGUUCUUUGCUGCUAGCGAUUGGCUCGUGAGGAACCAGGAUGAGAAAGGUGGCUGGCCGAUCAUGGUGACCCGUAAGUUAGGAGAAGGGUUUAAGUCUCUAGAGCCGGGGUGGUACUCUGCAAUGGCCCAGGGGCAAGCCAUUUCAACAUUGGUCAGGGCGUAUCUGCUGACCAAGGACCACAUCUUCCUCAACUCAGCUUUAAGGGCAACAGCCCCAUACAAGUUUCUGUCAGAACAGCAUGGCGUGAGAGCUGUGUUCAUGAAUAAACAUGACUGGUAUGAAGAGUAUCCAACCACACCUAGCUCUUUCGUUUUAAAUGGCUUUAUGUAUUCUUUAAUUGGGUUGUAUGACUUAAAAGAAACCGCCGGGGAGAAGCUUGGGAGAGAAGCGAAGUCCUUGUAUGAGCGCGGAAUGGAGUCCCUUAAAGCCAUGCUGCCCCUCUACGACACCGGCUCAGGGACCAUCUACGACCUUCGGCACUUCAUGCUGGGCAUCGCCCCCAACCUGGCCCGCUGGGACUACCACACCACCCACAUCAACCAGCUGCAGCUGCUCAGCACCAUCGACGAGGCCCCAGUCUUCAAGGAGUUCGUCCGCAGGUGGAAGAGCUACCUGAAGGGCAGCCGGGCCAAGCACAACUAGGCUCACGCCCGGCUCGGCCGAGCGCCAGCACACGCCCAGAGGCCGGGCACUAGGGCUGUGUGGAUUAUGGCAAAGUGAUAAGUGAUCCUUGAAACCAGUCUUCUGAGGCAACUGCAUUCCGUGGGUUGGGGGGUUCAGAAAUGCCGGUGGUAUUCAGGGCAGGAAGCAUUUCAUCAGUGAGCCAAGCCUCGCUGGCCCUCUCCUGCCCCCGUCCAGACAGUUGCCCUCCAUCUGCGAAGGCGACCGGUCAGGAGCCGUUCCAGCCAGCUGCCUCGUGCUUACCUGGAAGCUUCGUACGGGGCUCUUUUACCAUGUGAUUAUUUAUAUUUAUAUUGAAAGCAGACUUUUCAAAUAACGUGCUGUUGUACUACAGUAAAUACGUCCUUGUAGCCUGGAUAGUGGACUGUGUUUACCUUUUCAAAAGGCAUUUCUUUCUUGUAGAUCCAUUUCUUGGGAGUGAAUGAGCAUUUGUUAUAUUUGCUUAAUUGUUAUCUAUGGAAAAUAUUUUGAAUUAUGAUUUUCUUGGACUGUGUCAGUGAAAAACACAGCCAGUGUUCAGGCUUCACAGUUAUAUAACGUAAGCACACUAGCGUGAAACUUGCUGACUGCACAAGAAGUUAGGAACCUGUUGCAUUUUAGGAAGCUUGAUCUACGAUCACUGAGAGUUUGAUAAUCAGUCUUUCCUCCUCCUGCCCCAGUGUGCUGGCUAAUUUGCCACUGUCUAGACUUUUGAAUUUCAGUUCAAACUACACUUUGGUAGUUUUGUCCAUCUUAGGGAAGGGCAUUUUGGGGACAUGUGGAAUAUUUAUUGCAAACCUAAAUUUGGGAAGGAGCUAGGGUUUUAUGUCCACCCUCACUCCCUUUUAGUAUUUUCCCCCGUGAAGGAAAAAUACUAGGUUAAAGGUUGCAUUCAUGAAUCAGUAGUUUUUCCUACCUCGAACAUUCUUGAUCACUGCUUUGAUUCUGUCCCUGUUUUCCCUUUGAAAUUUAAUUUUAAAUUGUUGCAGCUACUAAAUGGUGUCUGUGUAAGGUCGCAUCUUUCGGGUUCAGCCCUCAUUCCCUGGGUAGCGUCUUCCAGUGGGCGUCAGGCAUCAGGUUAAAAGAGGGACUGGCUUUCCUCUGACUUCUGCUUGGAAUAUGAACACACAGUCACCUGCAGUUGGCAGCACGGCCCGGCUGUCAGGGCUGACGGACAGCGCAGAGUGACCUCUGCCCAAUCUCCCCCGCCCUGCCGUUAACCGUAAGUAAACGAAAGUCACAGACAUACACGUGAGACACAUUUAGCAUCAAAAGGGACAGGAGACAAGAGCUAGACUUAUACUGAAGACAAUAUUUAACUGGCUUUAGAAAACUAAGCUAAACCCCCCAAUUUAUAUGACCACAGCUUUCAGUGUCACCCACAACCAAAAGCUAUGUGUUGCUGGCAUCCCCCAGCUUUUGGCCUUUACGGUUCUUACACAUUAGAUAUCUGAGCAGCAUGGAGAGCAUACGAAAGGCAUUUGGUCUUGGCAAUAAAACUGGGGGUCCCCUCAUUUUUAUUUUUAGUGUUGAUGUUUUAAGACAAACCAUCUCCCCGCUGGGAACCCUUACUGCACCGUUUGUCCCUGGAAUGUCCCGACUUGGGCCUUGCCGGUGCACACUGGCCCUCGGUGUGCAGUGGGAAUGGGUGGGAACGGCAGGUGCUGCUGUCGUGACAAAUACCAGUGCCUUAACAAUGCGGCCGCCCUUUCCACCAGGCAAGGAAAGAUCUUCUGAUGCAGAAGGCCCAGUUCAUUGCUGUUGAUUUUUACGCCGCCCUCCACAUAGCAACAGCUUCUUGAUUUGUCUUGUGAUCCCAGAAUCCCAAGAGGACGAGAUGAGCCUGGAGCUGCACUGUGGGCUCCGACCAGGGCUUGUCAGACUAGAUGCCCCCGAAUGACCAGGAGCUUACUGAAAUGCAGACCCGACAGCCGAGCACCUGCCUGAGAAGCGGGACCGUCUGCACGGGGUUCAGGCUCUGGGCCGUUCCAAUGCCGCGAGAGCUGCCGGCGUGGAGGACCGAGGCGGGACCAUCCAUUGUUUUUUCUGCCUCUAGGCAACUACAGAGUUUUCUAGAGUUUUAAAUCCUGUAAAAUGUUUACUUAUUCUGAGUUUGGAGAGAAUGAGAAGGGUGUUUAUUUUUUUUUUUAAAGCUUGCGUGUGUGCGUGUUUCUUUCAAUUUUUCUUCAUGUUAAGCCUAGGAAUUGGUUUUGUUAACGUGAGUCAGCUUUGACCUGUGUGUUGCCACUUGGGUUGUAUAAUGUAGCCAAAAGUUUCUGGACAGAGGUCAGGCUUGACCCUUUCGGAGUUGCUGUAUCUCUAGAAAGAACCACGCAGUGUGUGUGAGCAAGUGCAGAAAUGAUACAAGCACAGCUGUCCAGAUGUGGCAGUCCUUUUCCUUUGUUGGUGUGCAAAUGUCCCCCCAAUGAACGCUACUACGUCACCUCCCUGCAGUGUGUUCCUCGCUUCUUCCUCCUCAUCGUACAUGUGGGUUAUAUAAACACCAUGUGUUAAAUAUGCAAUAACGUGUUUACCGGAUGCCCUUCUGAAGGGUAGUCCUUUGUAAAGCUGUAUAGACUGCAGUUUAAGCACAAUGUGCACAUGUUAGUUUUAUAUACAGCAAAACUUGAUUUUUUUGCAAAUGGAAAGGUAUUUUGUUUCUAUACAAAGUCAAUGGAUUGUUUGUGCUUCAUGUAAAGCUGCUUUAUAAAAUUGUAAAAUAAAGUUUUUAUCGUAAAGGAAA